UACGAAUUCUAUACAUACGAUACUAAACUAUAAAUAGCUUGUACGUAGAUAACAAUUUGAGUCGACUUUGUACUUGGUUGUGUAAACAAAGAUAACUUCUUAGUUCUGGAACAGAGUUAGCAGUCACUUGUUAAGUUGAUAGUUGUUUGUGCUUCGUCUCCGUUAUAACAUGUUUAAAGGUUUAGUGGGCUUAGUUACUGGUGGUGCCUCAGGGUUAGGUAAAGCUACUGCUGAACUUAUUAUCAAACAAGGUGGUCGUGUUGUGAUUUGUGAUCUACCUUCUGCACCUGGAGCUAAUACUGCAAAGGCUCUUGGAGAAAAUGCAGCGUUCGCACCCGUUGAUGUGACAUCAGAAAAAGACAUAAAGAAUGCAUUACAAACAACAGUUGAUAAAUUUGGCAGAUUAGAUGUUGCAGUAAACUGUGCUGGGAUAGCCUCCGCUGCAAGAACAUAUAAUUUCAAGAAAGAUCAACCUUUUGACUUGGAAUUAUUCAGGACUACCGUAGAGGUGAAUUUAGUAGGAACAUUCAACGUAAUAAGAUUGGUGGCUGGAUUGAUUGGUAAAAAUGCACCGAAUGCAGAUGGACAAAGAGGUGUUAUAAUCAAUACAGCUAGUAUAGCAGCUUUUGAUGGCCAGAUAGGGCAAGCCGCUUAUGCUGCUUCUAAAGCGGGUGUUGUUGGUAUGACCCUGGCAAUUGCAAGAGAUUUGUCCAAACAAGGAAUCAGAGUCGUUACAAUAGCCCCAGGAUUGUUCAGAACACCAAUGAUGGAGUUACUACCUGAGCCAGCGAUUAAACAAUUGGAAGCCUCGGUGCCAUUCCCGCCGAGACUGGGUCACCCUCAUGAGUACGCCCUACUUGUGCAGAGCAUUAUUCAAAACCCGAUGUUGAAUGGGGAGACCAUUCGACUUGAUGGAUCUUUGAGGAUGCAGCCUUAAAGAUUCUGAUGUACAAAAUAAAUCAUUUUAUCUAGU